UCGGUGGGUGGGCUUAUUAUUUUUGAUUCAUUUAAAUUUUAAAAACUAUAUAAAAACGUAAAUCGUACCAUAUUAAGUAGUCAUACAAUGAUCAAAAAGUGAAAUCUUAGAUUCAUUAUUUCCAUACAGUUACCGGUAGUAAUAUGGAUCGGAAAACACCUGAACUGCGACCAGCGAUUAACGAAUACUUCAAGGAUCCAUCGCCAUCGUCUAACUUAUUCGAUAAUAUAUCAUCUCACGCCGCAACCGACAGCAAACGAGAAGAACCUGCAGUUUGCCGUAUUUUUCAACAGAUUGAAACCAAAAAAACGGACAUAUUUGACAUUAUCAAACCUCUAGAGGAUAGUCAUAAUAACAGCCCGUCAUUUGAUUUUCGUGAACCAGCAUUCUCAAAUACUGGAAAUAACAGUGUGGAUCCUAUGGAUAUAUUCAAUCAUGAGUAUGAACUAUCUUCAAUUCCAGCCGAAGAUGAAAGACGGCGAUUUGCUUGGAUACCAUCUGUUAAAACAAAAAAUACACUUGAAAAGGCUUCACAAAUGAAUCAUACAUUGCCCAGAGAUAUGUUAACCAUGCCCGGUGUUGAAAAUGUUAAUUUUACAGUUAAAUUAUAUGAAAACCUAGUGUCAUACCUUGGCGAAACCGAGGCAGCUGCGUUUAAAAGUAAAACAAUAGAUGAAGUUCCACAGGACGAACAAGGUUUGAAAUUGUUGAUAGAAGAGAGCAACUUUUCUGAAGCAUUAAACUUGACAACUCGAUUGUUGGCAAUGUAUGGUCAAGGUCCAGGGCAAGUGGGCUAUCCAAGUAAACAUACAAAAACUUCUCUUCAGUUGUGGUUCACAAGAUUUGCACUGUUAGUGAAAAUUUGUGCAUGGAAAAUCAUUAGCAAAGAAGCAUUGGCCUGGGAUGAUUUAGAUCGUCCAGAUCUUUACAUACAAUGGUAUAAGGAGCUGUAUGGUAACAAAUAUGGGACACUUGUUCCGUUUAGUUUUAGGCUUAUACUUGCUGAGCUACCCCAGUAUGUGAUUUCAUCAUCUAAUGUUUAUAGUAAACUAUUUGAAGUACUCGUUGGUGUUAAAAAAAUUAUAUCAAAUUUAGAUAAUGGACUUACCGAGGAUGGUAGAAAUGUAGAGUUGACAAUUCAAGACCGAAACACUUCAAAAUUGCUUUGGUAUUCAAGAGAAGCAAGAGUUUUACAUUCAAUUAUUAACUGUGCUGUAAAUCAAAAGGAUUUUAAGCUUGCAAUUAAAUUAUUAAAAGAUCUCAUUGAAACUCCACGAUUGAAAUACACAAUUGAACACUCUCGAUCACUCUUAUCUGCAAUGGGCCGUAUUUAUUUACAAGUUGGUGAUCUCAAAGCUCAUGGAUACUUUCUUAAAUCAUCUCGACUGAAACCUCAAUCACUAGGAACAUUGGGUGAAAAUAAAGCUGAUUACCGUGAAUUAAUAGAUGCUGCAUUAUUAGCCAUUGCUCAAAAUAAUUACAAAGAAGCUUAUAAACAUUUUGAAAAUGCAUACAUAAUGGACUCAAAUAAAGUCAUGGCUUUAAAUAACAUGGCUACAUGUUUAUUUUAUGAAGGCCAACUAAAUAAUGCAAUAACAUUGUUGGAAGAUGCUAUACAAAAAUUUCCAGAUUUGGCAUUAAAUGAGAGUUUAUUAUCCAACAUAUGUUGUUUUUACCAGUUUCAAAAUUCUGCAUCUAAUAAACAGAGACUACUCAAGUAUCAUAUUAUUUCAAAAUAUAAAAACAGUGUCCCCGAUAUCAUUAAUUAAGUUACUUAAUAUGUUAAAUUAUGUAGCAUUAAAAUAUCAAAAAAAAAAAAUUUGUUUUUAAUUAUUAAUUUAUUGAUUUUAAUUAAAUGUUUAUGAUUUUUAUUUUAAUAUUAUAUUUUUGUUUUGAAAAAAAAAUGUUCUCCAAAAUCAUUACAUUAUUGUUGAAUUAUAAUAUUAUUGUUAUUGAUAACUAAAAAAAAAAGCAUAAUAUCUUAAACUUAGUAAAAUUAUUAACUUGUUACAGAUGUGCUUUGAUUGGGAGGGGGGAUAAAGCACUUCUAUUAUUUAUUUAUAUUUUGAAAGCACGCUACUAAUUAUUUUCUUCAGAACGAGAAUGGUACAUUCUUUUUUACAAAAUAUUUUUUAGCAUGACUACAGUUUAACUACUUCGCAAAAUUGUAUUAAAUAAGAUAUUUAAAUUAAAUUUGAUGAAUUGUAUAACUUGUUAGCUAUUACAAUUAUUAUGUAUUAUGAUACUGCAUAACAGCUGUGGGAUAUAAUUAAAGAGUAUAUACAUUAAUAUUCAUUUAUUUAAUUAAAACUAUUUUAUUGUAAAAAAAAAAAAACUAUUCCAUAAAAAUAUUUAUUUCUAUAGCUCAUAAUUUAAUUUUUUAGUAGUUUUUAUUACUGGCACACUUGUAUGUAUAUUGUAAUUAUUUGUUUGACUCCCCAAUGCCCACAUAACUAAGGACGAGUUUAAUAAUUUAAAGUCAUACUGAUUUUUUUAAAUUAAAGUUUAAUUUUUAAUUUUUACAAUUUGAGCACUGGGGGUUAAUGAAUAAUAAUCAUUUGUGAGUAUUAGUGUUGAUGUUAACUGCAUCAUAUACAUUAUAAUGUAUAAUACAAUUAUUUGUAUUACAUUUUUUUAUCUUUUAUAA